GUCUGCACUCGGGCUUUGGGGGGCUCGGCUUUCUCAUCGCGCUGUUCUGAGCCUGCCGCUUGCUCUCUCCGAUGGGAAUGACGAGGCGAGAUCUAGCCGUUAGGGUGGGAAGAGAAUGCACGGAAAGCGCUCGGGAUCAAGGAGGCCGUCAAUAAACGGGAAUUGUUGCUAUGACUUUGGUUGUGAUCUGGACGUUCCACAAACUGUCUUGGGUCUGGGUGAACUAAUCAGAGGGAUCUGUGUUCAGAAGGCUCUCGGUGACAGAGAUCUGGCUUGUUACAGGCACUCAGAGAGCCAGUCGGGGUCGAGGGUCGAGUUGAAGACAGGGAGGGGUGAGGAACGAGCAGAGGCCAGUUGUUUGGCCACUUGAGAGAGUUUGGACUUGUCCCGAGGGCACUAGGGAGCCCUGAAGGGCUUCAAGUCGGGGAGGAUCAUGUCUGACUCCCUGGUGGUGUGCGAGGUAGACCCAGAGCUAACAGAAAAGCUGAGGAAAUUCCGCUUCCGGAAAGAGACAGACAAUGCAGCCAUCAUAAUGAAGGUGGACAAAGACCGGCAGAUGGUGGUACUGGAGGAAGAAUUUCAGAACAUUUCCCCAGAGGAACUCAAAAUGGAAUUGCCUGAGAGACAGCCCAGGUUCGUGGUUUACAGCUACAAGUACGUGCAUGACGAUGGCCGAGUGUCCUACCCUUUGUGUUUCAUCUUCUCCAGUCCUGUGGGCUGCAAGCCGGAACAACAGAUGAUGUAUGCAGGGAGUAAGAACAGGCUGGUGCAGACAGCAGAGCUCACAAAGGUGUUUGAAAUCCGCACCACCGAUGACCUCACCGAGGCCUGGCUCCAAGAGAAGUUGUCUUUCUUUCGUUGAUUUCUGGGCUGGGGCCUGAAUUCCUGAUGUCUGAGUCCUCAAGGUGAUUGGGGACUUGGACCCCUAGGACCUGAACAACCAAGACUUUAAAUAAAUUUAAAAAUGCAAAAACUCAGAGAUCCUCA